CUAAGUGUAGCAUUAACCGAUAUUCAUGAGGUGUUUAUAUCAUAAGUUCAUUAUAUCAUAUGGGUGAAGUAGUGAAUCCACAUUCUACAAAAUUAUUUACCGAGAGAGAACGGUGGAUUUGUAUAUACCCAGCUUAUAUUAAUUUAAAGAAAACUGCAGCUCAGGGAAGGAGAAUUGCAAAAUCACAUUGCAUUGAAAAUCCCACAACAAAUGAAAUUAAGGAUGUUUUAAUAGCAUCAAAUUUUAGUGUUGAUAUUGAAAAUAAAUAUUAUCCAAGAGAAUGGAACAAAGAUGUAUUGUUUAAAGGUAGAGUUAGAGUUCAUAUUAAAGACACUACAACUGGAAAUCCCAUAAAUCCAGAUUUGCCUAAUAAGCAUUCAAUAUUGUUACAUUUGGGGGAAAUGAUUCCACGGCUCAAGAGUAGAGUUCAAAAAGGUUCAGCUACUCAAUCUAAUAUUUCUGCUGCUGGUCCAAGUGGAGAAACUUCACAUACAUCAAAUACUAGAAACAUUAACAAAAAGAAAAAUAAAGGAAAGCGAUAAAAAUUUUAUAUUUCUUGUGAUAUAUUAUAUUAUUCAUUUAAAUUUCAUAUUGGUUUAUGUUUAUUCUUUAACUUAGCUGGAAUUAUCUUUCUUUAUUUUAAAAUAUUUUAUAAUAAUUAUUUUGAUAAAUAUCAUUAUAUCAAACUAUAUAAAUAUAAUUAAUUGAUAAUUAAUCUUUUAUGUACACAAAUCACCAUUGA